CCAACAACGACACAGAGACGAGCUUCCCCCGAACGGUCAUAAAAGGACCGUCUUUUUCUUCUCCCUUGUAGUUGUAAAGUGCUUCUCUUGCGGCUUCUUUGUCUGACCCUUUUUCUGUUCCGAUCUCCUCCCAACCCCUCCGAUCCAGUUCUCCGGUGGUCAGUGUCGGGGAUCUGGUCGGAGAUUCUCCCCAAGAACACGAGCGUUUACCCAAAGCCCAUCCUCUUCAUCUGCGCAUCUGCCCUAAACUUUUCGGGGCUUCGAGGAUCUCCAUUGCCGAGAUUCAUCGUUCUCUUGCCUGCAUUCGGUGAUUUAACCCUGGUCGAAGCCUCGUCGUUUCUGGGAUUUUGCUCUUCCUGAUAGUUUUUGGUUGGGUUUUGAUUUGGUGGUUGAAAGGCGCCCUUGUUCUGGGCUUUAUUUUAAUGGAGGUCAAAGGCUGAGUUUUUUUUUUUGUAGAGAAUCGAAACAUUUUUUUAUGGAUUAAGAUGGUGAAUCAGGUUUCGUGGGUUUAAGGCGAAGAUCGCGCCGAUUAAGCGCAAAAAAACAGUGUUUUCGAGGCGUAAUUAAUUUUCUCAGAAUUGCCUUGUCUUGCGCGGGAGAUUCCAUCUCUGGGUGUUAUUAGAUUAAUUAUCGCAGCAGAGAUUUUUCAAAGUGUAAUAUUGCCGCAUAGAUCUGAUUUCAUAUUUGAAAUAGAUAAAAUCUCUGAAGAUUUGGUUCCUUCUCUAGGCUUGGACCGGAACCUGUUCGAUGAAUUGUGUCUGAGAACUCUGGGUUUCUUGAAACCUGGGAGAAUUCGUGUCGGUGCCCGAAAUGUCUGAGGCGGAGAAGUUUAUUUACCAUAGAAAACUCUGGGAAGUGAAGGGCAUCUCCGUAGGAGAGAGCAAAGCGGAGAAGCUAAGGAGUUAUUUGGUUUCGAGGUCUCGUAUGAAGCUAUGGAUGAUCCGAGCUGUGACGAUUUUGUUGCUUUGGAGUUGCGUGGUUCAUCUGAUGGCACUGGGAGAGUUUUGGGGGCCGAGAUUGUUGAAAGGCUGGCCUUCUUGUUUCAAUCACCAUGAUUUACCUGUUGCUGCGGAAACGGCAUCUCUUCCUAUGAAAAUAGCCUUGCCGCCUAAAAGGGUAUACAAGAACAAUGGUUAUCUUAUGGUUUCGUGCAAUGGAGGGCUCAACCAAAUGAGAGCAGCGAUAUGUGAUAUGGUCACCAUUGCAAGAUACAUGAAUGUCACGCUUAUUGUGCCGGAGCUAGACAAAACCUCGUUUUGGAGCGAUCCAAGCGAGUUUCAAGACAUAUUCGAUGUGGAUCAUUUCAUAACUUCCUUAAGAGACGAAGUGCGUAUACUCAAAGAGCUACCUCCGAGGCUCAAGAGAAGGUUCGAGCUUGGGAUGUAUUAUUCCUUUCCUCCUAUCAGUUGGUCCGACAUUUCAUACUAUUCAAAUCAGAUUCUUCCCCUGGUGAAGAAGUAUAAAGUUGUUCAUCUGAACAAAACCGAUACACGGCUUGCAAACAAUGGACUGUCUCUGGAUAUUCAGAAGCUGAGAUGCCGAGUAAAUUUCAAUGCACUUAGGUUUACUCCCCAAAUCGAGGAAUUGGGUAGAAGAGUAGUCAGGAUUCUGAGAGAGAAAGGACCCUUUCUGGUCCUGCAUCUUCGUUAUGAAAUGGACAUGUUGGCUUUCUCAGGUUGCUCUCACGGUUGCAACCCUGAUGAAGAAGAAGAAUUAACAAGAAUGAGAUAUGCUUAUCCUUGGUGGAAGGAGAAAGUGAUUAACUCUGAGCUAAAGAGGAAAGACGGCCUUUGCCCUCUGACACCCGAGGAAACAGCUCUUGCCCUAAAUGCGUUGGGUAUUGACCGGAAUGUUCAGAUUUACAUAGCUGCUGGGGAGAUAUACGGUGGCGAAAGAAGAAUGAAGGCUUUGGCAGAGGCUUUUCCAAAUGUGCAGGUCAGGAAAGAAACUCUACUCGAACCCUCUGAUCUGAAGUUUUUCCAGAACCAUUCAUCCCAGAUGGCGGCUUUGGACUACCUCGUCUCUCUUGAAAGUGAUAUAUUUGUUCCAACAUACGAUGGCAACAUGGCCAAAGUUGUGGAAGGUCAUCGUAGAUUCUUGGGGUUCAAGAAGACAAUUCUGCUAGACCGGAAGCUACUAGUCAACCUGAUAGAUCAAUACACGGAAGGAUUGCUGAGCUGGGACGAGUUCUCGUCCACGGUGAAGGAAGUUCACGAGGAUCGGAUGGGAAGCCCUAAGAAGCGGCUAGUCAUUCCCGACAAACCAAAGGAAGAAGACUACUUCUACGCCAAUCCACAUGAGUGUCUGCAGUUGUUGGAUGAACCCUUGAGAACAACAAGACUAAGCAUGUUCCUAUAGUGCCAGGAAUCAAGAAUGGUGGUUCUUGAUUGAUCCAAAUCCCAGGGGAAAGCUUGUGGCCGUUGAAAUGGAGUGUUAUGGUAUCUGGGAACCAGUCUGGAGAUACUACUCUAAAGAGAUUAGGGUUCGGUUUGGUGUAUAGAUUGAGAAGAGCUUCCAUGGCAGGAGACACUGAAGCUACAUUGUAAAGAUGACAGAUUUCAGAGCUUCUUUUGAAGGUCUGAAAAAACUGUGAUUCGGGUCCUCAUGGCCUUGCAGUUUUGGUAGCUUAAUAAUGCCACACUCUUAUGUAAUAUAUAUAACGAGUAGGGACAUGAUAUGGCGAUCUCUUAUGUUGUCGGCUAUUCACUUAUUAUAUGAUAAAAUCCUCUUGCAUUUUUCUUCCUCGAA